GUAAAGAAGCGCGCAGGUGAGCAGGACCACGUGACCCUGUAUUCGCAGCACAGGUUGAUUCCUGGCGACGGACUCGGUUUAUCCGCUGUGCACCUUCCGCGUUUACACCCAGCUGCUCAGAGAGACAUGACACACAGCAGCUCCAGUCCAUUUCACUCUCUCUGACGGUUAAAGUGAGUUUAUUAACUUGACAAAAACCUGUUUUACUCGUAUGAAAGUAUUUAUGAGAGGACGGCGAUGUGGCGUUGUCAUUUGAUUCUCUAUCUGACAUGUCUAGCCUUUACUCGGUCUACAGAUCUGCUUUGUAGCAGCACUCCAGAGUUGCAGCAUGCUCAAACUCAAUCAGUUUCAGUGGUUCUUGGCCACAGCACGGUCCUCACCUGCAAAGCCUCCAUAGGUUUGAACCACACCAAUCCAGACUGCAAAGACCACCUACAGUGGAUGAAAGAUGGCACACCCCUUACCAACCUCACCAACUACCCUCAAAAUCUAAAAGACUGGCACCCUGAUGAUGGUCACAUCAUCAAGAGCAGUGAAUUAAUGCUGACUCUGAGAGAUCAGGCUGAUUUUGGUGUGUAUUUCUGCACAGUGAGGAACAGCACAGCGCAAUUCAACGUAAAGGAAUACAAAUCUCCAAGUCACACCGGGGCAGUGGUGGCGUCAGUGGUCCUGUUGCUUAUACUGGCUCUGGCAGUGGUGGUCUAUUCCAAGUGCCGACUCAACUUUAAACUGUGGUAUAGGAACAUUUAUGGAGAGUAUGAGCUUAAUGAUGGUAAAAUGUAUGAUGCCUACAUCUCAUAUGUCAACAAUGAGAAUGACAGGAAAUUUGUCAACUUCAUCCUGAAACCUCAUUUAGAGAACAAGUACAGUCAUAAACUGCUGCUCAAUGACACAAACAUCCUUCCUGGAGCUGAGCCAUCUGCAGAGCUGCUGAUGAACAUUAGUCGCUGUCGCCGGAUGAUUGUGGUUCUCUCUCAGUCGUACCUGGAGCAGGAGUGGUGCACAACCAACUUUAGACAGGGUCUGUGGCACUUGAUGGAGCUGUCGAGGAAGCCCAUCUUCAUCAUAUAUCAGUCACAGCAGAAGCACAUGAGCCAGGACAUCAGUCACCAGCUGAAACAACACCAGCCCCAAAUCACAACCCUCACCUGGGGUGCACACUCCAUAACCCCUUCUUCAGGCUUCUGGAAGGAGCUUGCAUUAGCAAUGCCGCUCAAGGUGACAUUUCACAGGGAAUCUGUCGGUGAUCCACAGACUCUGCUGCAGGGUGAUGAAGAUCCCAUGCUCACGCAGCAGCCUGAUUACCUGGACUGCAGACCGGACCCCGAUCCCGCAGGAGACCUGGGUUUGCGUUUGCCCAUCUACAAGACCCUUCCUUCCAAAGCUCCUGUGCUUCCUGCAGAUCCCAGUGUGACGGCUGAACCCAAACCCCCAGAGAUAGACGUGUCUGACCUCGGCUCGAGGAACUACGCCGCACGCACUGACUUUUACUGCCUGGUCACGGAGGACGAUAUCUGAGGCACACUCCUGUUCCUUUUUGCACUUUUAAGUCACUUUUUGCCCAAUGAUUUCUUGUUACUGCCACUGUUUCUUUGUUUUUGUUUAUCUACACCUGUACGAUCAUGCAUGCACAAUACUUUAUGCUUAUCUUUUUUUAUAACAUUCAAUGUACAGUCAAAGGGAUUUUGGCUCUGUACAUAUUUUAAUAAAGUUAAUCUAUAUACAUUAAUAGGCUAAAACAGUACAUGUUCAUAGUAUUUUUAAAAACUGUACUGUAAAAUUGAUAUGGGAAAAAGCAUAGUUCAUAUAUGAAAGCAUCAGGUGUCCAUAAGUAAUACUCGCAACAAAAAGACAAACAAGCGCAUAGGUCAUGUGAUAUAAAUUAUCAACUCUAUCUAAAUUAUGAAUAACCUUCAUCUGGACGGCAAUGGGGCUUUAAUGCAGACUUAAAGGGAGACGCUGCACGUUCACAUUUCCUCCCCUUCCCAGCUACAGUUUUACACGUUUAUAUUUGAUCAUGUAUUGAAGAGUAUAAUACAUUUUUGUAAAUAAUGUAGUUUGGAUUUUAAAUGAUAGCAGAAUAAAGAGUGAGUUUAAGAUAUGCCCAACAUUCAAUUAUAAUCGUCACAUUGUUUCAAUUUAAGAUGAAAAAACUAAAAGUAAUGUAAAUAUACUUAAAUUUUCUACUAUUCUGUCUGUCAGAUACUGUAUCUGGACCAAUUUUUAAAUGCUAUGAAAAUGCAGUUAGUAAUAGUACUUAUGUAUUUUGGAAGAAUAACUCUAUUCAAAAAUAUUUUUACAUUGUUUAUUUUCAAUGGUUUGAUUUAUUGCUAUAAUAUGAUCAUGGAUAUGUUGCUGCGGUGGACCGGGGCACGUCUGUAGAGCGGAGCUGGAGCUGUACUGUGAUGAUGAGGCUCUUAGGCUGUGGCUCAUACAUUGCUGCUCAAUUUUAUCAUUAAAAUAAAAUAACCAGGGCCCGUAUGUAUAAAACUACUCAGAAAUAGUCUUAAGAAUAAGCUUUGACUUAGUAAAAAGUAGGACUUUUCUAAGA